AUGGCUUCCACAGUCCUUCACUUCCUAUCUCAUCCAAUUCCAAACCGUCUUCAUCUAAACCACCUUUUCCCAAGUUUAAACCCCCAAGCCUCCACAAACUCUUCACACAUCUAUAAUAUCCCACACAGAAAGUACUCCUUCAUCAAAUGCACUUCUGAGUCCAACUCUACCCCUCUGCCUGAGCCUGACUUCCCAUAUCCAACUCCAGUUUCUGAUACCAACAACAAAGCAGAGACUUUCCCUAUUGAAAGGCGAAGAAAGUCUGAGAUAAUCCAUGACAGGGAGUCUAGACUGGGCUAAGUACAACCUGAGCCACCAAACUUUGAGAUUGGUUGGAAGAGAAGCAAAGAGAUCAAAUUGGAUAAGCCAAAAGGGUAUGUCAUAGCUGACUUUCUAGAGAAGUUGGAGGAUGAGGAUCUAAUGGGGAAAGAAUUUGGCUCCACGGAGCUGCUAGCAAAAGCUGGAGAAAUUGUGGCUGAAAGAGCUAGAGAGGAAGCACAAGUGUUGAGUGAUAAAGGAGAAGUGGAGGAGAGGAUGAUGACUGAGUUGUUCAGAGUGUUGAGACUAAUGGAGAUGGAUUUGGCUAUGGUAAAAGCUGCAGUGAAGGAAGAGACAUUGGAUGAAAGGCUUGAUCAGGCCAAGGCACGCUGCAGACAAGCUAUACUUGUAGCUCUCUCCUUUUGAAAGGCUCAUAUAUGUAGAGGAUUUGAACAAUUGAUUUAUAUCUUCUUUAUAAGAAUUAGCCACAUUCACAAGGUCUUGUUUAUUUGGAGAUAUGGGGUUUAAAUAAGAAACUCAGUUCUUGUGACUUCUUAAUUAGCCUCAAGUAAUUUGCUUCAAGCCAAAAACUCAAAAAUCAAGCUGCAUU